AUGACGUCUACAGAACCAUGUUUAUCAUACGAGAACUUCACAGCCGACUCAACACGAUCGCCUAGCCACAUAGAACCUGUCCAAGACAACAAGAUUUGUGACGCAGUCCUUUCUACUAAGUGGUACAGAUUGGUUGGAGACGCGGGGAGCGAUCUGACAAAUGACAGCAGUGUUUUAGUUUCUAACGGAUGUGGGACAUCGUAUCAGCGCUGGAUGAACGGCAGUGUUCCAGAUGUGUCAGAAGGAAUCGUGAAUCGCGAGAUAUGCAUGAGAUCAGUCUUCGCAGUCUGUCACAGCAGCUUCACUGUCCAAGUAAAGAACUGCUGCUCUUUCCGAGUUUAUCACCUCAGGAGUGCAACCAGUUGUCCGCAGGCCUACUGUGUUAGCCCCAGUCUUGUUCCGUCUGUUAGUUGUUCAGUAACAUCUUGGGAUACUACUACUACCAGUAGUUCCAGUACGACCCGGACAAUCACCAGUACCAGCACUAGCACCAGUACCAGCACAACCACCAGUACCAGCACUAGCACCAGUACCAGCACCACACAAACAACCAAGAUGAUUACUGACAUGUCUACUACAACUGUCCCACAGGAUACUGACGAGAAGCAUGUGACAAUCGUGACCACCAACGCAUCUAAAGUCAUCAUUACCGUUAUUGUCCUACUGGUAGUCAUAGCUAUGACACUUAUAGGCUUAGAGAAUGAUGUCUUAGUCACGGCAGCAUAUGGCCUACAAGAAACAAACUAUCAAUUAAUCACAUGCAAGCAGGAGCAAGCAGUAAUUAAAAUGAAUAUCAGAAAAAAUCUAUUUGAAUACUCAAGUAAAAUAGUGCUUGAAAAUUCCGGUGAGUUCUCGGAAAAUAUUCUUUUGUUGGCUAAAGUCUCCAGACUGUCCAUGAAUCAGGCUGUUGCUAAUGUGACAAAUCAUGUAAAUGUUAACCCUCGGGCAUCCACUCAGAGGGAGGACGCUUUAUCCUACUUCUUCUGGCCGGAGGAACAGGUAGUUCUGGUGGCGAAUGUAAUGCUCAAAUACUUCCUCCAUUGUAUCAUGUCUUACGUCCCUUCCCUGACUACUUCCGUCAAUACACUCUGUGUCGGGUCCCACGUUUCGGCUUUUGUCAUAUUCUGA